GACGGAGUUUACCCUAGAUCUGAGCAUACCGAGGCUGCGCCGGCACCUCAGCAGCCGACCGAUCCUUUCGCCACCGCGGGUUUCUCAGAUCAAAGCCCCUUCGCCAACGCCACCGCCGCACCUCGGAACCACCGACGAAGAUCCGCCGACUUUGUGGAGACGGCUCAAGGCGAUAGCGCUUUUUGCAGCCUGGAGUGUCGUCAACAGCAGAUAAAGCAGGACGAGAGAAAAGAGAGGUGCUCGUCUGUAGCUUCGAAGAAAGGAGCAGCUGCACCGGUGGUCUCGGUCGCCGGAUCGAAAGUCGUUGCCGUCAAAGGGGGGACGUAG